UUCCCUAAUUUAAUUUAAUAUUUUUUUAGAAAGUGAGUUAGAUCUUCUCUCCGGUGUGAGCUAAAAAAAAAACCCUGGUAGAAGAGAGGAGUUCCGCAACUUCCACAGGUAAAGGCAAAAACACAAAGCAAAAAACAUGAACGUGUGAGUGGGGCGCCAUCAAAAUGGAUCACAGAGCCCAACGAACUCAGAAACCCUAACCGAGUCAUCCAUCAGUCAUAUACCCGAAGACGGUUCAGAAUGAUUGAUGGUAGUGAUCAUGCAACAGCAGCAGCAACAACAGCAACAGCAGAAUCCUUCUGCACUGGUGCCGCACUUAAAAAUUCCCCAAUCCUCCACCUCCACCGUCGCCGCCGCCACCACAACCCCCGCCGCCACUUCCAUUAGGUCGCCUUCCUCGCAGUCGCCGCUCUCCGUCGUCGCUCCCCUCCGCCAACCCCCGCUCACCUCGCAUCCCUUGCCGGUUACGGCGGUGGAGUCUGCUUUGACGGCGGUACCGACGUGUCCGCUGGUGAGAGUCCGCCUCUCGGACAUUGCCCCCUAUGACGGGGCACCGGCGGGGUCGUAUCUGAGAGCAAUGGAGGCGCUGUGUGGGUCUCUGCUGCGGCACAAUGCCGCGUUGAUCCAAUUGGGGAGCGAGGACACUGCUCUGAUGCGAUGCGGCUUGGAAGGUGCACGGUUAUUUUUCAGAAGUAGGGCCCAACUUGGUGUUGGAAAGGGUAGCCGUGGGGUUUACAUGUACAGAGCAGGAAGGGCUUUGGAGGAUUGGGAUUAUUCUCCCCCCUGCAUGGCUGAUAUUUAUCGAUGCAUGGGAAAGGUGUCUCGAUCUGCCUUGAGUGCCAUUGCAAGAUAUUUACGUCUUAGAAGCGACGUUUUUAACCAUUUGCUUGAUGAUUCUCCGUUGCCUGCUAAUGAGGUGUCAUCGUCAGUUCUUGUUGCAACAUACUCAAAUUCUUCUUUGCAAAAUGGAAGAGGUGCCAUUGGAGGUGGUAAGCCUACCAUGAAUGGUGAAGUUGAAAAGGGAUUGUUGACGUUGAUUUCUUCUGACACUCCUGGUCUUCAGAUAUGUGACCCCAGUGGGCGCUGGUAUCUGGCAGACAGUGGUUCUGGGCCUGGAGAUCUUUUACUGAUAACAGGAAAGGCACUUAGUUAUGCUACUGCUGGUCUACGACCUGCAGCAUCAUAUAGAGCUUCUCCUGAUUAUUUUCUGAGCCCUAAUGGUGGAGGAAGGACUUCUCUUGCAUAUAGACUCAUGCCACUGGGCAAUGCUAUAUUAGAUUGUUCCCCAAUAGCAGCAGCUGGCCAUAUUAUUCCCCAAAGUUAUGUUCGAAUUUCUGUAAGCCAAUUUAUGGAUGACCUUGCUGCUGAAGAAUUGAUAGGCAGCAGAUGUGAUAAUGCUGAUGUUGCUGCUCAACACAGUAUGAACAAGGAGCCAUCAUUAAGAAGUGUUCUAUCAGAUCCUUUAUCUGGCACAUUCCUUGAAGAUGCCAUGUUUGUCUCAUGUGGACAUUCUUUUGGUGGUCUCAUGCUGAGGAGAGUUAUUGAAACAUCCAGAUGUACUCUCUGCAAUACAGAAAUUGAAACUGGUUCUUUGAUCCCUAAUCUUGCUCUUAGAGCUGCAGCUGCUGCUGUCAAGCAUGAGGAUGAACGGAGGUUAUUUCGUAAUGCUGCUCUUCGAAAGCGGCGGAAAGAAAUGGGUGACCAAAUGGAUUCAAUGAGAAGAGUGAACAGGGAAAAUGGAGAUUAUAGUGCUCCUGAUGGACUUCAGCGGGGGGUGCAAUAUCCAUUUUCGGUAAACGAGAAAGUUAUUAUUAAGGGUAACAGAAGAACACCAGAAAAAUUUGUUGGGAAAGAAGCUCUGAUUACAUCUCAGUGUCUCAAUGGCUGGUAUUUGCUCAAGAUUAUUGAAACUGGAGAGAAUGUCCGCCUGCAGUACCGUUCUCUUAGGAAGCUCUUAACAGCGGACCAGUGUCCCCCACAACCAAUUCAAAAUAGUAGCUCUUAAAAUGGAUUUAUUAUAGGUUUUCUUUCUUUUUUCCUCCACCAGAAAAAAAAAAAAGAGAAACUUUUGUAGUGUUUGAAGCAAAGAAUGACUUGUCUGGUCUUGAUCUGUGAUUGUAAAGAGGUAAUAUGACUGGUCCGGCUCCUUACAGCGCGUGAUAGAGGUUUAUGUAACUUUUGAUGUAUCAACGAGGUUAUUUGUGUAGAUGGUAAUGCUAGGUCGGCUUAUAAGUAUUGUAAAGAAAGCAGGCAAAGAUAAAUUAGACAGAAUGUAAAUUGUAGCUGUUAUUGAAAUGGAUCAUAAGUUUAAUUUUUUGUUGCCAUAAUUCA